CUCGCUCUCGGGGGGCCGGGGCGCCGGCCUCUGCGGCCGGCUGCGGCCGCAUCGGGCAGGUUGCCCGGCUUUACGACGCGAGACAGGCGGCGGGGGCGGCCGAAACCUGUCAUCGUCGCCCCGGAGCGGCUGCGCCGGGGCAAAAAUGCUGCCGCCCGGCGGGGGCCUGCUCUGGCUUGGCCUGGUCCUGGGCUCCGUCUGCGCCUCUGUCGGAUCCGCGGCGCCGGGCAACUCGGCCACAGAUGCUCUGAAUGUCCUUCUAAUCAUCGUGGAUGACCUACGCCCCUCCCUGGGUUGUUACGGGGACAAGCUCAUAAGGUCCCCAAACAUGGACCAGCUGGCCUCCCACAGCCUCCUCUUCCAGAAUGCCUUUGCCCAGCAAGCCGUGUGCGCCCCGAGCCGCGUGUCCUUGCUCACCGGGAGGAGACCAGACACUACCCGCCUGUAUGACUUCAACUCCUACUGGAGGGCACACUCUGGAAACUUCUCCACCAUCCCCCAGUACUUCAAGGAGAAUGGCUACGUGACCAUGUCGGUUGGAAAAGUCUUUCAUCCUGGAAUAUCUUCCAAUCAUAGUGAUGAUUCUCCUUAUAGCUGGUCUGUUCCACCUUAUCAUCCCUCCUCUGAAAAGUAUGAAAACACCAAGACCUGUAGGGGACCAGACGGAGAACUCCAUGCCAACCUGCUGUGCCCUGUGGAUGUGGCAGAUGUGCCCGAGGGCACCCUGCCUGACAAGCAGAGCACCGAGCAAGCCAUACGGUUGUUGGGAAAGAUGAAAACAUCUGCCAGUCCUUUCUUCCUGGCUGUGGGCUAUCAUAAGCCGCACAUCCCCUUCAGAUACCCCAAGGAAUUUCAGAAGCUGUAUCCCUUGGAGAACAUCACCCUGGCUCCUGAUCCCCAGGUCCCUGCCGGCCUCCCUCCUGUGGCCUACAACCCCUGGAUGGAUAUCAGGCGGCGGGAGGAUGUCCAAGCCUUAAACCUCAGCGUGCCCUACGGCCCGAUUCCCGCCGACUUUCAGCGGAAAAUCCGCCAGAGCUACUUUGCCUGUGUUUCGUAUUUGGAUACGCAGGUUGGCCACCUUUUGAGCGCUCUGGACGAUCUUCAGCUGGCGAGCAGCACGAUUGUGGCGCUUACCUCGGAUCACGGGUGGGCUCUGGGCGAACACGGAGAAUGGGCCAAAUACAGCAAUUUUGACGUCACUACUCGCGUGCCCCUGGUGUUCUAUGUUCCGGGAAGGACGGCUCCGCUUCCGGCGGCAGGCGACAAGCUUUUCCCAUACCUCGACCCUUUUGAUUCCAUCUCAGAAUCAGUGGAGCCAGGCCGGCAAGCCGGGGACCUCGUGGAACUGCUCUCUCUCUUCCCCACGCUCGCGGGACUUGCAGGGCUGCGCGUCCCUCCUCGCUGCCCCAUCCCCUCGUUUCACGUGGAGCUGUGCCGAGAAGGCCGGAACCUUCUGAAGCAUUUUCAGGUCCGUGACUCGGAAGAAGAUCCAUACAUCCAUGGUAAUCCCCGUGAGUUGGUGGCCUAUAGCCAGUACCCCCGGCCUGCAGACUCUCCUCAGUGGAAUUCUGACAAGCCGAGUUUAAAAGAUAUAAAGGUCAUGGGCUAUUCCAUACGCACAGUAGACUAUAGGUAUACUGUGUGGGUUGGCUUCAAUCCCCGGGAAUUUCUGGCUAACUUUUCAGACGUCCAUGCAGGGGAACUGUAUUUUGUAGCUUCUGACCCUUGGCAGGAUCACAAUAUGUAUAAUGACUCCCAAGGUGGAGCCCUUCCCCGAUCAUUGACGCCUUGAGUUUUGCCAACGGCACAGGGCAUAUAUAACGCGCUCCCGUCCAGCUGGUGAGAGAAGGAAUUAGACUGGUUAUUUCGUGAUUACCUGUAAUAUUGGAAGCAACUCCAGGGGUAGGCAGUCAAAACAUGCAUCAACAAUUUGGCCCAAGAAUACGUAACAGCCGAAACUUUUGAUUUGUCUUUAUAAUUGGUAAUUGGACUGGGCUGAACCUCUUCUUUCCUUUUUUUUGGAACAGUCAUAGCUUAUUUGUUGAAUGAAUAAGUACAGAGUGAGCAAACUAAAAUUGUCAUAACUUUAGCUAUCAAGACCAUAAUAACUGAACAUAACACUGUACUCAAGAAAUACUUUAAGUAUUUGUGAAAUUUAGUGCAUUUCGAAAAGCAACCGCAUGUCAAAUUAGGUUUGACACAAAGUUCCUAGUUCUUUUGUUUAUAAUUUAAUAAUAUAUCUUAUUUAGCCCAAUAUAUUCAAAAUAUUAUAUCAACAUGUAAUCUAGGUUUCUUUUUAAAAUGUAAAGUUAAAUAAUAAUGCUAGAUGCCAGUGCCUUAAAGUCUAGCUUCAGUUUUUCUAAGAUGGCAAAUUUUCUAAUCCAAAAAUAAAAUAUGCAUGAAGUGAUUAAUAUGGAAUUUCUGCAUCAAAUAAUAACUAAUGCUCACUAAACUAGAGGCGUGAGAUGCAUGAGAAAUUCAGUUAAAAUUUUUCAGAGACUUUCUGGCCCAAGCAAUAAUUUGUUAGCAAGUAAUAUGACCUUUGAACCCAAAGGCAUCUAUUAAAAAGCAUCUUUAUUCACAGUGGAAAAUAGUUAAAGGCAUAACUAUCCAUGAAUUGAGUCAUUCAAAACCAUUAGUGUCCUCGUUCUCUAGAGAUGGUUGGUUGCAAACAUCCAUUUAUCCAGGAGACAGGAAAUAGUCUACUUUUUAAGUGCUGAUUAAAGACAACAUUAAUUUUGUUAAAUUCUAAAUUAUUUUGAGAACUGUGAAAACUUUUCAUUAAUAUAAUAUUAGGUGAUUUCUAAUCCCCCAGAAUGUGGUUCUAUGUUCCCUAAAUAGGAAAGUAACCAGAAAGGCAGGUGGUAGUAAUAAGCUUAGCCUACGUCAUCUUAAAAAUGAUGGAAUAUUCACAGGUCAUAUUCACAACACGUUGAAGUUGAUUAAUUAUCAGUAGUCACCAGAAGAGUCAAGCACUCUCUUAAUAAACAUCUAAUGUAGUCCUGUAUCAAAGUAACUUUUAGUAAUUCUUUGUUUACAAGUGCUGCUUUGGUGUUUAACUAUUUGUGAAACAAAGUACGGUAAAUUAAGUUACUGCACUGUGUUAAAUUGUAAACAAAAAGCCAAGAUAUUAUAAGAUUACUUCAAAUCAGUAAAAUUUCAAAUACAGAUUUAUUUAUUUAUUUUUUUACUAAUUAGCCUACAGUGGAGGCAUAUAUGGUAACACAGCAAUCUUCUAAGCGAUUAAGUGACUUAGUGUUCUGGCAACGAUAUCUGCUUGAGGAGUGGAGGGCCCUAUUCCUCUCUCCUGAUCCCGAAGCUCGAGUCUCUUCUGGGAAGCCUCAGCUUUGUAGAUGGUUUCCUUCAGCCUUUUCUUUCUCCUUCUUCAUCCUAUCCUCUUUAUCACUUACAUCACUUUCACUAAGAAUUUUACAAUCCGGUCAAAUUCCUCAUGAUGUAUUUUCAGCGUAUUUAGCUUCAUCUCCUACUGCACGGUUACAACGAGAAGUUUUCACCCAGGCUUUUAUUUUGCAUUCCUGGUUGACUAUUGUAUGUACACUUCAUCAUUUUUUUCUCUCUUUAUUUCUUGAAGCACAGUUUCAGUAUCAAGAAUCUCCAAAUUCUACUCUUGCGGAAGGCGUAAUUGGAACCGUGCCAGAGAGAGCAAAGUGACAUGCAUUCUGGCCAUCACGUGACCGAAGCCACAGCCGGGGCUGGGUCUGCUUUGGGGUGUUUCGCGUGUAGGUCUGGCUCUGCUGGAAGUGCUUCUGUGUCCUCUUUUCUCCGCGAGGGCGUAGCCUCAGAAUGCUUCCUCUCUCCUUAGGUUUUAGCUUUUCUUGGCCUCCCUUUACGAAUCUCUCCUUUUAGAAGCGUGGCUGCAUUUCACGUUCAGGGGCGUGCUCUUCUAAAUCAUCUCACGGGCGACGGUCGCUUUUUGUGUUUUUGACACUGAACCCAAUUUAGAGCCACUUGUGCACGUCUGCAGCGUUCAUUGGGAUGAGCGGCUGCUCUCUGGUUUUCACACUUCAAAGCCAACCACAUUCCUUAUCUUGACUCGGCUUUGAGAAACCACAUCUUCGUUGCAUCACGUAACUUUUCUCUGAUCCUGCUGAGCUGGACACGUUUUAUUAAUGGUUCUCGAGUCACUCUUUGUAGACUUGAGCCAGGGGUUCUUUUAUGCAGUUUAGUUGAAACCCGGACCAGUGAUCUCAGAAAUUUUGAGUGGCCCUAAUUCAGUGGCUCAGAAACACGAGGGUGCAGCAGGAGCACCCCAAGGGCUGCUGCUGGGUCCUGCCUGCAGAGCUUCUGCUUCAGGGUGUCUGGGCUGGGGCCUGAGAGGCUGCACUUCGGACACAUCACACUGCUCCUCCAAAGAGCGCACUUGAAAACCACUGCCCCUAGGCAUGUGCUGACCAGUAGCCACUACGCACAUGUGACUAUUUAAAUCUCAAUUAAUUAAAAUGAAAUAAACAUUUCAAAAGCAGAAUCUCUGUCACGCUUGCGAUAUUUCAUGUGCUCAAGAGCCAGUGUGCGUCGUGGCUACCGUAUCGGACAGCACCGAUCUACAACCUUUCCGUUGUGCCAGAAAGUGGACUGAACGGAGCUGCCCUAGAUUAACUCUGGGCUGAUGCACCCGGCUGUUGGCAGGUUCCUCCUAUGGGCUGAUUCUCUACUCUGUUUGCCCACGAAGACUUGUCCGGUAGUGAGCCACAUACGUUUGGUUUAAGCUUAGCGCAGGGAGUUGCCUCUGGCAAUCGGUCUCUUCCCCUCCACUCCCACCGCCAUCAUCCUAGCCCUUCGCACCUCCUUCCCACGUAGUUUACCUCCCCCUCCUCUUUCCUCCCCUGCUCCCAAAGAAUCCAUGUGUCUUCCUGAAAUCCUUCUUUGGUCCUGCCCUUUAAGAACACCGUUAGUGCCUACUACUGGGUCUACACAGACCUCCGCUGAGCAGUCAGAGUCUUCCCUGACUCCACAAAGCCCCUUUCCUCGGCUGACCAGUUUGCACGCUGGUCCCUGACUGUCCCUUGCCGAUCCCUGCCUCCCUGCCCACCCUUAGGUUGUCCUCUCCUCCCUUCACCACCCAUCCACCCAUCCAUCCAUCCAUCUAUCCAUCCACCCAUCCAUCCAUCCAUCCAUCCACCCA